AUGCGUCUUAUCCAGAACAUGACGACCAGCGAGUAUCCAGCACCUGAGUACCCGGUCCCCAACCGGGUCAUUAAAAUAGCUGUGAUAGGAGGCAGCGGAGUGGGGAAAACAGCGCUCGUGGUGAGAUUCCUAACAAGACGCUUCAUCGGAGACUACGAGAGAAAUGCUGGUAAUCUCUACUCUAGAGAAGUCCAAGUGGACGGAGAGCAAGUGACCAUCCAGGUUCAGGACACCCCGGGUGCUGGGCUGUCUUUUAAUCAGUCUCCCUCUUUCUUUGCCUCAUAGAUGACAGAUAACGGCAUCAGUCUACCAGACCAUGUGACCUGCUCCAUCCAGUGGGCGGACGCUGUGGUGCUGGUGUACUCAGUGACAGACCGGCGCAGCUUCGACCUGAUCGAACAGCUGCACCAGCUGGUUGCACGUGCCGGCGGCGCCAGCGUACCCCCUGUGAUCCUGCUGGCCAACAAGGCGGACCUGCUGCACCUGAGGCGGGUUGACUCCCAGCAGGGCCCCCUGCUGGCAGGAACACUGGGCUGCUCUUUCUACGAGGUAUCUGCCAGUGAGGACUACAGCCAGGUGCAUGGGGCCUUCCACAGGCUGUGCUGCCAGCUGGCCAAGCAGCCGCCCCCUGCCCCCAACUCCUCAAGCAGCUCUGCCAGCACCGCCACGGAGAAGAGGCGCUCGCCCCUCAUCCCCAGGCCGAAAUCUCCCAACAUGCAAGACCUGAAGAGGCGGUUCAAGCAAGCGCUGUCCGCAAAAGUCAGGACUGUUACCUCAGUGUGAGGAUUAGAAGUUGAAAGUGGUUGAGAGUGACCACAGAAAGAAAGAAAGCAAGCAUUGAAGGUGGAGGAGAAAGAGGACAGAAGAUUCAUGCUUCUCCAAGUCCUGUUCCAGUCUGGUUGAAGAGUGAGAUGAGCAGUGGUGGGUUCUGUAAAGUGGGAGGCAGAUGAAUCUUUACAGAGGUAAUGACCUCUGAGUGAGCAGGUGUCUGUGCUGACAGAUAUCAUGUGUGAGGAGGUUCAAGACUACAGAGGACACAAAGGCAGCUGUGUGAGGCUGCAGAGAAAAUCUGUAACUGUAACUCAAGCUCUGCUGGCAACAGCAGCUCUGAAGGACUGCUUAUUUUUAGCUGUGCUGCCCAUUGUGGCAAUUUUGAAUUCAGAGACUGCCACUACACAACACGGCUAAAUGCUGGUAUUAUUAUACCAGCCACUUGAGCCAGGGCUCUGUGCGGCUGUGUAUUUGUGUGUGUGUGUGUGUGUGUGUAUGUGUGUACUCUAUCUCUUUUUUCAAUAUCUGCAGUGUAUUUUUUGCAGAAGCAUCCUUGUGCAUAAGAGUGAUGAGUAGAAGUGGGGUGGGCGUAGUGGGGCAGCAGACACAGUAUGUAGCAUGUGGCAGUUGUUAUCACAGAUGCACUUUAUGAAAAGGAAUAGUCCAAAGGGCCUAUAGUUAUUUAUUUGUUACAAAUUCACUGUUUGUUCACAAUAAAAUGAUGAUGAAUUUGA